AUGGCUACCCCUAGCGUCCUAGCUUUUGACGCUGAGGGUCGAGCCAUUGACUUUGAGGUCUGGGUCGACGACGUGCAGCUGUUCUUACAGUGCGAUAGGGCGGACGGCCUUUCUCUCUUUGACCUCACCUCUGGCGCCUCUCCUGCCCCUGCUGCUGAUGCUGACCCCACUGUUCGCUCUCAGUGGGCCACGCGCGAUGCUGCUGCACGUCUUGCUGUGCGUCGCCACCUACCUACCACUGAGCGCGCGCACUUUAGUCAGUACAAGAGUGCUCAGACCUUGUACGACGCGGUAGUUGCACGCUACUCUUCCCCUGCCACUGCUGCACUGAGCCGCCUCAUGCUACCGUACCUCUUUCCUGACCUUGCUGCCUUUCCUACAGUCGCUGACCUCAUUACGCACCUUCGCACUAGUGACACUCGCUACCGCGCUGCGCUUCCUGCUGAUUUCUGCGCCAAGAACCCCCCCCCCAUGUACAUCACUCUCUAUUACAUAGUCACACGCCUCCCUGACUCCCUUCGCGUAGUCAGGGACCACUUCCUCUCAGUCUGUCCCACCACUCUCACUGUUGACCUCCUCAAGAAGGCCCUCCUGGCGGCGGAGAAGAGCAUCGUCGCUGUAGGAGCCUCUCGUGGUGACCCUCGCACCCCCAUCUUUGAGGGGUGUUCUCCUUCCCCCCUGCUGCCCUCUGUUGCCUCUGCUGCUGCUGCCGACCUGCUUGGUCUUGAGUCGGUCGGCGCAGCGUCUGCCCCUAGCGGGAGACGCCGCCCUGGCAAGGGCAAGGGGGGCAAGGGCGCGGGUGGAGCUGGCGGGGGCGGUGGAGGUGGCAGUGGAGGCGGCGGAGGGAGUGGGGGUGGCGGUGGGAGUGGUGGCGGGGGUGGUGGUGGUGGUGGCGGCAGCGGAGGCGGAGGCGGUGGCGGCGGCAGCGGUGGGAGCGGGGGCGGCGGUGGUGGCGGAGGUGGAGGCGGCGGUGGCAGAGUGGGUGGAGCUGGUCGGGGUGGUGCCCUGCAGCGGAGCGGCUCUGGUGGUGGUCAGCGCCAGCAGCAGCAGCAGCAGCGUUCUCGGGACAUCCCCCCGCCUCAGCAGCUCCGUGAGUGGUACACGCAGCGUCAGCGUGGUGGGGGUUUUGGUCCGUGCACCUACGUCCUUCGUUCCAGCGACCGCGCGGCUAUCUUUGAUCUUGAAUUUGAUGCUAUCCUUGCUGCCAUGUAUGCUGUUACUAUUAGUGAUGAGGGUAACUGUUACCGGUGUUUCCCGCCCGACCCGGGCAUUGGUACUGCUGCGCUAGGUGCUUGUGAGGCUGCUGCUCUAGGUGCCACCGCGUCUGCGCCCUCAGGUACUGGUGAGGCUGCGCUCUCAGGUACCGCGUCGGCUUCGGCCUCCCUCACCUUCACCCUUGACUCAGGGGCUUCUCGCUCCUUCUUUCGUGACCGCACCACACUCACGCCGCUUGGUCGGCCGGUUGCGGUCUCCCUGGCAGACCCCUCUGGGGGUCAUGUCCUCUCUCACUUCUCCACUGUCCUCCCGUGUCCGGCUGCCCCCUCGGGCACCUUGUCUGGUCUGUACCUCCCCUCGUUCUCGACGAACUUGGUGAGCGGUGCUGACCUGCAGGAUGCGGGGGUUCACCAGUUUACUCCUGCGAGUCAGCGGGUGACCCACUGCUCGGACGCCCGCACAGGCCGACACCUGGCCACGUUUUCGUGUCGGCCGGGGUCGAGUCUCUACACCCUGACCACUGAGUCUCCUCCUGUCCCUGCGUCUGGCCAGGAAGCUGCGUCGGGUCAGGUGUUUGCUGCUGCGUCCAGGUCUGGUCCUGAGUCUGCCCCCUGCUCGUGUCGCCUCCUGUCUCACGAGACUCUUCUGUGGCACCACCGUCUUGGCCACCCCUCCCUGCCUCGUCUGCGGGGCAUGGCUUCUUGUGUCCUUGUCUCUGGUCUCCCCCGGUCUCUCCCUCCCCUUCCUUCGGGGCCAGGACCUUCCUGUAUCCCCUAUGUCGAGGGGCGGCUCCGGACUGCCCCUCACUCCUCUCAGUUUCCCCCGACAGAGGCUCCUCUGCAGACGCUUCACAUGGACGUGUGGGGCCCGGCCCGCAUCCGUGGACAGGGUCACGAGCGCUACUUCCUGCUGGUGGUUGACGACUACUCGCGUUACACCACCGUCUUCCCCUUGCGCAGCAAGGGUGAUGUCACUGAGACCUUUACGCUUCCGGACUCUCCGCAGCAAAAUGGGAUUGCUGAGCGCCGCAUUGGCAUGGUCAUGGACGUCGCUCGUACGUCCAUGAUGCAUGCAGCUGCCCCCCAUUUUCUGUGGCCGUUUGCGGUUCGGUACGCGGCGCAUCAGAUCAACCUUCACCCCAGGGUCUCCCGCCCGGAGACCUCCCCAGCUCUGCUGUGGACGGGGAAGGUCGGCGAUGCGUCUGCGUUCCGUGUCUGGGGAUCUCGGGCGUUUGUCCGCGACUUGUCUGCGGACAAGCUGUCCCCUCGUGCUGCUCCCUGUGUCGUCCUAGGCUUCCCCCCUAACGCCCCAGGGUGGCAGUUCUACCACCCCUCCUCUCGUCGUGUUCUGUCCUCCCAGGACGUCACGUUCAACGAGUCAGUCCCCUUCUACCGCCUCUUCCCCUACCGCACUCCUUCCCUCCCCCCGCCACCGCACUUCCUUGUGCCAGGUCCCCCCCCAGUAGACCCCCUUCCCCCUCAGGGUCCUGCCCCUUCAGGUGUGUCCCAGGUAGACGCAAUCGAGCCAGUCGAGGUUGCUGGUGACUCUGGUACUGCUGGGGGUGCUGACUCUGGGGGUGCUGCGCGCGUGGGUGCUGAGCUUGGGGGUGCUGAGCCUGGGGUAGCUGAGCCUGGGGGUGCUAAGCCUGGGGGUGCUGAGCCUGGGGGUGCUAAGUCUGGGGGUGCUGAGCCUGGGGGUGCUGCGACUUGGGGUGCUGAGCCUGGGGGUGCUGAGCCUGGGGAUGCUGCGUCUGGAGCUGCUGAGCCUGGAGUUGCGGAGCCUGCGGCCACUGGACCACCCCUUGUGGCGUCUGGCGGUGCGGGGCCUGGAGGUUCUCAGGGUGCUUUGUCUCGGCGGGAGCCACUCUCUCCACAGGAGUUGCGCGAGUGGUUUGCUCGCCGCUGGAGGCGUACUGCUGGAGCUGGAGCUUCUUCAGCUACUGAGGGUACUUGUGCCGUUGGUCCCGGAGCUGCUGGGCCUUCGGGUCCGCAUGGAGCUGGAGCUGCUGAGGGUGUUGGUGCUGAGACUGCUUCUGUCAUUCCUGGCGGUGGUCCUGCUGCGGGUGCUGCUGGUGCUGCUGGAGGUCCUGCAGCUAGAGGUGCUGUUGGCGCUGGUGCUGCCGCUGAGGGUGCUGGUGCUGUCUCUGCUGUGUCUGAAGUUGCCGCGCGGCCUCGGCCGUUCUUCGUUCCACUCCUACAGCAGGUUCUUGGUCUUUCUCCUCCUGUAGAGUGUCCACCGCCUGUCCAGUCACAGUCACAGUUAGAGCCCGCCUCCCCACUUCCUGCUCCCUCUCCUUACACUGGUCCUACUGGAGGUCUUGCUGAGCGUCGUGAGCCUGCGUCUCGUCCUGCGUCGCCUGUUCGUGCUGCUCGCGCUAGUGGUCGCGGUUCGCGUCAGCGUCCUCCUCCUGUCCCUGGCACGCACUGGAUGUCUCUGCGUCCGUCCACUGCUCCUCUGCGUGUCCCUUUGCCUUCUCCUCCUGCGUCCUCUCUUCCUGCGCUUGCCGACCCGGAGUCGGACUCUCUUCGUGCUGCCAGUCCUACUGUCACGCGUCUCCGUGCUACUGUCGUCACUGACCCCUCUUUUGAGUCCACUGCUGCGUUUGCUCUUGUUGCUGAGCUCGUCGACUUUGCUGCUCGCUCUCCUCUAGACUACGCUGCUAGUCUUGUUGCUGAGUCUGCGUCUGUCUGUCCUCCGUCCGUCGGGGGUGACUGUGCUCUUGGCACGGACGUCCUUGAGGACAGGCAGGAGGAGUUCCAGUGUCUGGCUGCUGCUUCACCUCAUCUCGCGUCCGUACUGCUUGCCCCUGAGGGAGACCCGGAUGCACUAGACAUCCCGACUCCGCGCUCUUACGCGGAGGCCGUAGAGGGUCCCUACUCCUCUCAGUGGCAUGCAGCUAUGGAUGCAGAGAUGGCUUCCUGGAAGUCCAUAGGCACCUACGUUGACGUGGUUCCCCCUCCUGGGGCGAACAUCGUCAGUGGCAUGUGGAUCUUCAGGGUGAAGCGGCCGCCUGGCUCUCCACCUGUCUUCAAGGCGCGGUACGUGGCUCGUGGCUUCAGUCAGCGGCAGGGAGUUGACUACUUUCAGACCUUCUCUCCCACCCCGAAGAUGACCAUUCUUCGGGUGCUGCUGCACAUAGCCGCUCAGCGCGACUACGAGCUUCACUCUCUUGACUUCAGCACUGCUUUCUUGCAGGGUAGCCUGCACGAGGAGAUUUGGCUGCGCCGCCUACCUGGCUUCACUGGGUCUUUCCCUCCGGGCACCCAGUGGAGCCUCCGGCGGCGAGUCUACGGUCUCCGCCAGGCACCGCGUGAGUGGCACGACACACUGAGGACUACGCUUGCGGCUCUUGGGUUUGCUCCCUCUACUGCUGACCCGUCGUUGUUUCUGCGCACCGACACCUCUCAGCCGCCGUUCUACAUCCUCGAGUACGUCGACGACUUGGUCUUUGCCACAGCGGACACUGCUGGACUCGCCUACGUGAAGUCCGAGCUGCAGAAGAGACACACGUGCACAGACCUGGGUGAACUGCGCAGCUACCUUGGCUUGCAGAUCACCCGGGACAGAGCACAGCGCACCAUUACCCUGACUCAGUCACACAUGGUGCAGCAGGUCCUUCAGCGCUUCGGCUUCACGUACUCCUCACCUCAGGCCACUCCUCUGUCUACUCGCCACUCACUCUCAGCUCUGCCUUCGGAUGAGUCCGUAGAGUCGAGUGGCCCGUACCCAGAGCUUGUUGGCUGCCUCAUGUACCUGAUGACUUGCACACGACCUGACCUUGCAUACCCUCUUAGCAUUCUUGCACGCUAUGUUGCUCCUGGGAGACACCGACCAGAGCACAUGGCUGCAGCGAAGAGGGUGUUGCGCUACUUGUGCAGUACGUCGGGCAUGGGGCUAGUGCUUGGAGGGCGGAGUCCAGUGGUCCUCACUGGGCACGCGGACGCUUCUUGGGCUGACGACCAGGCUACUCAGCGGUCGUCGCAGGGUUACACCUUCAGUCUUGGUUCCGGCUCUGUCUCGUGGCGGGCUACUCGCUCGUCUUCUGUCCUCAGCUCCAGUUGUGAGAUCUACGCCGGGGCCAUGGCUGCACAGGAGCUUCGCUGGCUCACCUACCUGCUGACUGACCUUGGCGAGCUGCCUCGUUCUCCUCCAGUGCUGUACGUCGACAACAAGGCCAUGCUGGCUUUGUGUCGAGAGAAGCGCCUGGAGCACAGAACAAAGCACAUUGCUCUCUGUUACUUUCUUGCUCGUGAGCUGCAGCAGCGUGGUCAGUUGCGACUUGCGUACGUGGCCUCUGAGGCCAACACUGCUGAUGUUUUCACCAAGGCACUUCCGCCUUGUGAUCAUCAGCGCUUUCGCAUUCAGCUGGGACUUUUCCCAGUCUUGCCUCACUUGCUCACCUCUUGA